GCUAUUCUUGAAACAGAGUUUUAGUUUUUUUUAUUGGGUGAUUAAAAAAAAUAUCCAAAAAAAUUUCCAAAAAUAGUAACGAAACCUUGAAGCAAUUGGUUUCAUGCUCUCCCUAUAAUUACCCUCACCUUCAUUCUUAACCUUUCCAAGAUUUCCUAUUAAGCAAGCCUUGGGGUCCGUUCCCAAGGUUUUUCACCAUACCCUAACCACCAAAAAAUAAAACCCUAAAAUAAAUGGAGAGGCCGUCAGGCUCCUCCCUUCUUUUCUCCGUCGUCGUCCUCGUGGCGGCGGCUGCCAUCGUUCUUCCCUUGGCAACUGCUCUCUCUGACGAGGAGGCUUCGUUCAUCGUCGGGCGCCAACUCCUAGCCCUCGGUGAGAACGAGGAUCUCCUCGACGGAAUGGAAUAUGACGUCGACACGAACUUAUCGUUCGAUAAUUCCCGUCUGAAAAGGGCUUACAUCGCUCUCCAAGCGUGGAAGAAGGGGAUGUAUUCAGACCCUUUCGACACCACGGAGAACUGGGUCGGCCCUAACGUAUGUGCCUACAACGGGGUAUUUUGUGCACCCGCACUUGAUGACCCUAGCAUCACCGUUGUGGCCGGGAUCGACCUAAACCAUGCCGAUAUAGCAGGGUACUUGCCUCCCGAGCUUGGGUUGAUGACUGAUGUCGCGUUGUUCCACAUUAACUCGAAUAGGUUCUGCGGAAUCAUCCCCAAGAGUCUCUCGAAGCUUACGUUGAUGUACGAAUUCGAUGUCAGUAACAACCGUUUCGUCGGCCCGUUCCCAACCGUCGCCCUCUCAUGGCCAUCUUUGAAGUACCUAGAUAUCAGAUACAAUGACUUUGAAGGAACAUUACCAAAAGAGCUCUUCGACAAGGAUCUCGAUGCCAUUUUCUUGAACAACAACAGGUUUGAAUCCACGAUCCCUGAUGCAAUAGGAAAGUCGACGGCAUCCGUUGUGACAUUUGCUCACAACAAGUUCAGCGGCUGCAUUCCAAAGACAAUCGGAAAGAUGAAGAACCUCAACGAGAUCGUCUUUAUCGGGAACAACCUCACCGGUUGUUUCCCGUCCGAGAUCGGGAUGUUGAACAACGCAACAGUCUUCGACGCUAGCAACAACGAGUUCUUCGGAAGUUUGCCCUCGAGCUUGUCCGGUUUAGCAAGCGUGGAACAACUUGACUUCUCAGGCAACAAGCUCACGGGAUUUGUCUCCGACAGCAUCUGCAAGUUGCCUAAAUUGGUUAACUUCACGUUUUCGCACAACUUUUUCAGCGGAGAAGGAAAGAAUUGUGUUGCAGGGAUGAGCAAAGAUAAGCAAUUCGACGAUACGAGCAAUUGCUUACAGAAUAGACCGAAGCAGAAAUCCGCUAAAGAAUGUUUGCCGGUGAUGAGUCAUCCAGUGGAUUGCAGCAAAGACAAAUGUGCUGGUGGUGGGGGUCACAAAUCGCAAGAAAAUCCAUCGCUGGAGCCAACUCCUUCACGUCAGCCGAAUCAACCAAAGCCCGAGCCUGAAGUAAGCUCACCAAAUCCGAAACCACCGAAAACCGUAGAACCACCAAAGGAGUCACCCAUACCUGAGCCGCCUAAGCCUGAUGGGUCUCUAAAGCCAGAGCCGCCGAAACCCUCAAAACCUGAAACUCCUAAACCCAAACCUUCUGAACCCAUUGACACACCCAAACCCGAACCACCAAAAACACCAAAACCCGAAACUCCUCAUCUAGAACCACCUAAACCCGAGGAGCCUCCAAAGCAAGAAUCCCCGAAAACACCGCAACCGCCUAAAUCCAAUGAUUCGCCAAUGCCUAAACCCCCAAAAUCACAAAAACCCGAAACUCCUAAGCCAGAACCAUCUAAACCCGAGGACUCACCAAAGCCUGAACCUCCAAAACCAGUGCAAUCUCCGAAGCCAGAGCCAUCAAAAUCAGAGGGGUCUCCAAAACCGGAACCACCAAAACAAGAUGAAUCACAAAAACCUGAAGAGCCGCCAAAGCCUGAGAUGCCACAACCGGUUUCCCCUCCAAAGAAAUCACCCAUACCCGAAGACCCGUUUGAAGCGUCUCCGGUCAAAAAACGUCGUCCUCCACCACCUCCAAGAGUAGAGACAAACUCACCACCUCCUCAACCACCGGCAAAAUCAUUGCCACCACCAUCAAAGAUUGUUCACUCUCCACCUCCACCCGUACAAUCUCCUCCACCGCCGAUGUUUUCACCACCACCACCACCGGUUUACUCUCCACCACCUCCACUUUACUCUCCUCCACCACCACCAGUUCACUCUCCACCCCCACCCCCACCAGUCUACUCACCGCCUCCACCAGUCCACUCUCCACCACCACCACCGGUUCACUCGCCGCCUCCACCAAUCUACUCUCCUCCACCACCACCCCCGGUCCACUCACCCCCUCCUCCGGUCUUCUCUCCACCACCUCCAUCACCCGUCUACUCUCCCCCUCCACCAGUCUACCCACCACCACCAGCACCAAUAUCGGUUCAACCACCAUCGUCAUCACCAACAGUUGAUGCUCCAACACCCUCUGUAGAAGGACCAACACCACAAUCAGUACCAAUUCAGGAACAACCUCCAUCAUCAACACCAGUUCAGGCACCAUCACCGAACUCAGAAUCUGUUAAAGCACCAACCCCAUCACCCGAAAUCUUUAAUGCCCCUAAACCUGAACCAGUUCAAGCUGCCACACCAGUUUUUGAACUUGGUCAUGCCCCUACACCAUCAGUUGAACAACAUCAGGCUCCAACACCAUCACAAAAGAAGUUUGAGGCACCAACUCCAUCAUCAAGACAAGUCGAGGCACCAACUCCAUCUUCAGAACAAGCUGAAGCACCAACAUCAACCACACCGUCGCAGUCUUUGGCACCAACACCGGAAUCCAACGAUGGUGGUGACGACAACGACAACUUCAUACUCCCACCAAACAUUGGAUUUCAGUAUGCAUCACCACCGCCACCGAUCUUCCCCGGCUACUAAAACAAUGUAGUUUGUCAUUUCAAUUCGGAUGAGACCCGAAAUUUUUCCAGCUAACUGGUCUGUAACAAAACACCAAAAAAAAAAGUAAAUGCCAUUUAUAAUUGAGCAUUGUAAGUAGUUGAUUUUAGAAGUUAAUUUGAAACAAUUCGUAAAGAACAUAUUCGGGUUUCCUUUGUUCCAGUGAAAGCCUCAUUAUUUGUGUUUCAUUUGUAUUUUUAUCA